AUGUCACGAGCCGUGUACGAAGAAGUUAGAGAUGCGGUCUUGCAAGCAGACGACUACUUCGUUCAAAGCCGAGAUGCCACUGGCAGGUUGGGAGCUACCUUAGACCAAAAGAUCAUGUCAGCGCUUCGACAGCUUACGUGUGGAAUAUCCGCAGACGCUGUGACUGAAAUAGUCGGGCUAAUGGAGUCCAGCAACGCUGUAUGCCUUAAGCGUUUCUGCGAGGCUAUAGUUGAUACAUAUGAUGCAGAAUGGUUGCGGUCACCGGAUGAGCAUGAGAUUCAGGAGAUUGAGGCUGCUUACAAGACACUGGGAUUCCCAGGAUGUCUUGACUGUCUCGACUGCGCCUCCUGGGAAUGGGACAAGUGUCCGGUCGGAUGGCAAGGAAUGUACAAGGGAAAAGAUAAGAAACCGGUCUGUCGGAUGGAGGUAAUAUGUGAUGACCGUUUGUAUAUUUGGCAUGUCAUGUUUGGGAGUCCGGGUUCUAAAAAUGAUAUCAACAUUAUGCACCAAAGUCCAUUGUUCAACUCUAUCAGGACAGGGGCAUGGCCCCCGAUCAGACCCGAGACAGAGGUAGCUGGGAUGAAACUGGAUUGGUAUUAUUACUUUACAGAUGGGAUUUACCCGCAGUAUAGAAUCCUUAUGUCAUCAAUAAGUGAGCCAGUCACGAAGAAGGAGAAGCUAUAUUCUUCAUACCAGGAGGGAACACGUAAGGCAGUCGAAAGAGUUUUCGGGGUUCUUUUUCAACGCUUUCGAUUACUGUACCAACCCUCAAGACUUUGGUACAAAGAAGAUAUGAACUCGAUCGUGAGAGCGUGCUGUAUUUUACACAAUAACAUUGUCAAGAGUAGACUUCAUACGUACAACGGAACGGCAGCUUUGAGGUUUACAGAUGAGGAGACUACUCUUCCAAGUGAUAUUCAAAUUGUAUCAACAGGAGAAGGAACUUAUGAGCAGGCAACGUUCUGGCGCAAAUACAUUGAUCCCAUUGAGAAAACUACAGAGCAUGUGAAACUGAAGAAUGCGCUCGCUGAGCACAUAUGGAAUCAAGAUGGAGACGAAAGUGAUUCAAGUCAGUGA